ACAUACACCUGGAGCAGAGACAAAGCAGAGACACAGUCUCCUGUCGGUGUCAACAGGCACGUUGAUGAAAAUGGAGCUCUACAUAUACUGAGUGUACAGUGGGCUGAUGCAGGAGAAUAUUACUGCACCGCUGAGAACCGAGCAGGACGACAUCAGAGACGCGUCAUCCUCACGGUCACAGAGCGCCAACAAUGACGGAGACGUACCAGUUUCCAGUGAUUCCUUUGCUGAGCAACAUCAUGUGCAGUCACAGCACAAGGAAGCCACAUGCACAUCAUCAGCCUGUGACGCUACAACCCUUGGAGCGUCCACAGUCCCCACAUUUUCAAGAGGAGCAGUUGCUGAGAUGUCACCAGAAUCAACCAGUAGUCCAACUCAGCCGCUACUCACACAGAUCGCUCACCCUAUUUUGCCACCGCAGUUACUCCCAGACACCCGGUCAGUAGACCCCCACGCCGCACAGCUACGGCGGAUUGGUGCACCGCGUUUCAUUUCACAUCGUGGACCACCAACCAUCACAGAUCCUGUCACUGAAAGUCAAUUUUACCACAAGCCAACCUCAACACUCUUUUCUCAAACCAAGAUGGAAAACCCACACCAUCCACAGCCUUCACCGACCCAAUCGAAAAAUCCUCACACUCAUUCUCAAGAAUUGUUUAUUUCAAGAUUUUUACCCAAGUUCCGUCUCGAGCCGCCAACAACCCAGCCUCAGCUGCCCCCCCAACAACGUCCAACUUCAGUUGCCACGUCUCAGCCGUCCCAUGGUCACAGUCAGCCCUUAACAACCAAACCCACUUCAGACAUUCCCGCACUUCCUCGAACCCAACCUCAGCUAUCUUCAGUGCAACCACUACAGCCCUCAAUCUCAACCCUCGACACACAUGGCGAGAUCUCCAAUCUGAUGACACUGGCCCCUGAGUUCGAUGUCGUCCCACAGUUGAACCAGUCUGAGCCGGUACAACUAAAUGGGACCCAGCAGGGUGACCCAGCUCAAUCAGCCAAAUCAACCAAUGACACUGAGCUUUCAGAGUGGCUGAAGAGGAACACAUCCCAGUCACCGAUGACCAGCAAUGAUCCCAGAGUGACCCAGCCGUCAUGGCUGCCCAUGGUGGAGAAACAUGACAUCCCUAUUGUUGUGGGAGUGGGCGUAUCCUUGGCCUUCAUCUUCAUCACUGUUAUGUUCUAUUCCGUGGUCCAGAAAAAUCAACCUGUACCCACAAACCGAGCAGCUCAGAGAAAUGUGGGUGUACCCGCACGAAACCCUGACCGCAGAGCUGCCGGACGUACGUAUGAAAACAGAGCUUUUGAAGAUGACGACUGCGUGGCUGUGAUUGAGCAGAGUCCUUACACGUCGGACACCCGAGCCCGACCUCCAGGGCCCAGUCUGGUCACAGUGCAGAUGGAGCCCGCAGCUGCGGAUCUUCACGAGGAUACACAACUGACUCUGGACAAGCACUCAGUCUCUGUGGAGACUUAUCAUGAGUCCAUUCUAGACACAAAGAUUGAUCCUUCUCUGGAGGAGGAGACGGGCUGUACUAUGUCCCAGCCCAACAUCCAGCUGCAGUGUGCUGAGGACUGGACCAGUAACAGAGGGGACAACCACAGCCUGUGUCAGGAUCCUUUGCCUCCUCCGUUGUCCUUACCUUCCUGUUCCCCUUCCCCCUCUCCACCAUCGAGGCGUGAAGAGGGCCUGCACACCUCGUUGACCCUACAAAGUCCAGAGCAAUGUGCAGCACCGCUCCACCACAGCCUCAGCAUCUCACAUGGCAACCCUCCCCUGCUCCUGUCUCACCACCUCUCCUUGGGUCUCACUACGGUUGCUGUUGAUGUCCAUUUUUACCCACCAGCCACUGCUUCAGCGGCAGCAGGCACCAGCACCGGCACCCAAGUCAACUCAGUCUCUCACUCCACCUGAAAACAUCUCUUCAGUCCUCCAUCAGUGAACAAUCAGCGACCAGAUUUCCCCAGUGUAAGCUUCUGCAUAUGACCAAUGUAAUCAACUUUACCAACUCUAACUAUAAAUCCCCCACUUGAUGAGAAAUAAAUGAUAAUUACUGGAGAUUCCAGAUUUUUCCAUCAAUCAAUGCCCACAGAAGAAAAUGGAAAGGUGCUGAUGUUAGUGUCUGUUGCUAUUUGAUACACAACAACAUGCCAGGAGCACUGAGGUCCCUGCAAACCAGUUUUAUAUCACUGAUUGUGUGCAGAGAUAUAGAUAUACAGCUAUAUAU